UCGACGAAUUGGUAAGCCAUCUGUACGUUGGAUGGGCCGUUCACUGACGCUGGGUAGUGUUUCCUCCCCCACGGUGCACCACGCCCGACGGUUGCUUCGUCGCUUCAGCCAUGAUAUUUACCCUCUAUGUGGUUCGCUUCUUGUAACGAUACAAAUUAUGCUUUUCGGCUACUUUACACCGUUACUUCUCCCUCGCACUGCCCAGCCCUGCGCCACGGGCGUUGCGUUUCGCCAAAGCAGCUUCACGUGCACAACCAGCCCAAGGUGACGACACCUCAUCAAGCUUUCGCUUUGACAAUCCCUCCUCCCUGUCCCUGUCCAGAAAAAAAAUGGCUUUGCUUGCCGCUGGAAAUUAGCGCCAUGUAUCGCUGGGGCCCCCGGCCCGCCAGCUAACUAUAGUACCAAGAAGGUCUGGGAGCUUCCCACCAAUUAAGCACGCUAGAGGCGCCUCUACGAAUCCAUAAUACGGGAGCCUCAACUGACUCUGCCUGAACUCGGGUUCUUCGGACCAGUCCGAACGUUACAGAGUGCGAGCCCAUGAUAAGCAUAAGCAAAUCUCUUGUCCGACAAUGCAAGCGCACACCGGUAGAUGGAGUAAACGUAAAAUACCCGAUCGACAGCAGUCGCCAGUAAACAAAACAAAGCCAUUUGAAACAGAAAACAUGUAUAACUUGCGAGAGGAAAGAGAACUUGGCAGCGUGCAUCGCAAAUGAGUCUUUGCGGCGGCGGAGCACUCCUCGCCCCAGGUGCAUAUCUGUUUGUUAUUGGAUGCCGAGUAUUAAAAAUACGAAUCCCCUGGGUCUUGCGGCCCCAGACCACCGGCCAAUGCGAGCAGGCCUAGUCCGCUAAUUAGCAAGCGAUCGCCCUGUCUUGGCCAUGCCGACUGGCUCGCUUGUCCUCUGAAACAAUACGGGCUCAGGCCUCCCACGUCCACUGAGACUGCGCUGUGAGCAUGCCAUGCAUUCCGCCCAUAUGGCUUGGUGGCUGGCACAUUGCAAUGGAACGUACAAGACAGUGGACUCGAGUUCCUCCAGUACGGUGAGGUAUGGCUGGCGUCUGCUGCUGUAGAGAGCUGAGACAAGUACGGGCCUUCAGAGCAUGUCUCAGUCUCACCCAACUCAUCCUCAUUGGCGCUUAGGCAAAUCUGGCGCGGCAAGAUUGCGCCAAAUUACCGGUGGUGUUUUGGCUUUAAAGUUUAGUGCAAUAAUGAGAAGCGCAAUAUACCGGUAGAAGUAGUAGUGCCGUUUCCGAGACUCGGCGCCAUUGUGUACCCUGUCGUUUAAUAGUACACCGGAUUUAGUCUCGUAGGAUGCACAUGAUUAUUUUCCAAUCUUAAUCUCCGUACAGAUUCACGCUGGGCACCAACAAAUUAUUGGCCGAUUUAUCCUGCUCUUUAUGCGGUUGUGACAUGAAGCUGAAGCUGUGUCGCAUAACUGGCAUAAUAUUAGUGAUGCUCUCUCAAUGCGGUACGGCGUGUCAUCCACUGUACGCCAACACCAUCUAAUUUUACAACAUAACCAUACUUGGUGCAAUUGCCAAUAAAUUCCAAUAAAGAGAAACACGUACGAAGGUUAAAUAAUUAGGAACCUUUUUCUUUCAAUAUGACACGAGUAUUUGUGCUGUACAACCCGAACAGAUGUUGGUGCAGGGUAAUCGCGCUACCCCAUUUGGAACACCCCGCGAUUCAUCCACCAAAGCGCGGUACCUCAAAGACUUCUGCGGACCAUCAGCUACCAAAUCCAUGAAGUGGAAUAAUGAGACAGAGUGUGACGCACAGUAACACCAUACAAAAUAUUGAGACAAAGAGAGGGCUGACAAGCCUGUGAAGGCAAUGGCUCAGUCGAGGACGGAAAUCGGGGCGUCCGAUGACUCUGAAAGCGAUGUCAACUUUUCAGAUGAUUCUUUAGAAGAUAUUUCUACAAUCUUGGGACGGGUUAGGCCCCGAGAUGGUGCUAUGCCAGCCCCUGGCCCGCGGCCAUCACAAGCGACUGGAUCGCCCGUUGCCAAGCGCACGGCUAGCACAACUCACAAAUCACCGCUGGCCAUCUUACCAAAACACAAAUUUGAUUUAAAGGCUCUUGCAAAAGAUGCUCGAAGAGACUUCGCUACACAGGCUAGUUCAGAGCGGUUACAGGCGCUAGUCCGAGACCCGUCAUCAGCAUCGCUGCGCGAAGGAUCUCCUGCCAGCACUAUACCCAACAUCUUCCAAGAUGACGAGGACGGAAAGGCUGAGAAGGUGCUACAAGCCGUGCAAAGAAGUAAGCCGGCUGUACAGAAUCUCUCAUAUCGAUUCUUUUCAAGAAAUAUCCCACCAAGGAACUCAAAGCUGCCCAAAGAUACCGGUGGCAGCCGUUGGCAGCUAUUAACAAAAGGCGAUGCCAAAGCUAGAGAAGCAAAUCUUGUUUCAGGAAUUCCUAGAUUGCUGAUAUCAAAAGCUCGGGAGCAAUUCCCAGACUCUCUUUUCGAAUGGAUACUACAGGAGAUUUGCGUGCAGCAGUCCGUUAUCAUGAGGGACGAAUACAGCAACAUAGUGGCAGACUGCCCCGACCACAUCAAAAGAAUUAUGUCAAUUGAGAUGAUACAAAAGGUGCUGUAUCAACUCGGUGCUCAGCACACCGAACCAGAUUGGUCGAAAAAUACUGCCAGUCUAGAUUCAGAGGAGAACUACUACCAGGGUCGAGAGUGGUCUCGUCUCCGAUCAGUGAUACAGCUAUUCGGACGAGUGGCAACUCUACUUCCGCUUGAAUCAUGCAUAUACAUCACCAAGAUACUAUUAAUCAUGUCUAUGGACAAGGUGAUAGUAUAUACCAUUGACGUCCUGACUGCCUACGAAACCGCAGUGGAGCAUCUACUCGACGCCAUUCCAGCAACCGAAUGGGACCAGUUUUGCUUGUCAACAUGCAACGACAUGGAUAUACAUGUUCGGAAACAAGAUAUCCGUCUGACAGCGCUGCUCUGCCUCCCAACAGCUACAUCUCGCGUACACGAUCUACGCCGCAGGCUAGCCACGUCCUUCCUGUUACAAGAGAAUAUGUAUGCCAAACGACACCCUGAGGUAACGGUAACUAUGGCGCUCAUAUUGGAGCGCCUCAAGGAGAAAGAUUUUGACAUCAUACCUACGACCGACUUUGUCGAGCUGCGAGCGCUCAUCCUGCUUCUUGACAUCGCCUUGGACGACGGAAAUGUACUACCAUUUGAGAACAGUGAUGUCGAAAGGCAAUUCAAUAGCACGGUUGACAAAGUUACCGCUCGCCUGCAGGAUAUGUGGAAGAGAAUUAACGAUUCUGGCAUGAAACUAUCGCGAACAGAGGCAAAGAGUGUCCUAGAGUGGGUGCAAAAGCGGCUCGCCAUGGCUGUCCGAACACGCCGGGAAGCCAAACGAAGCAUCCUAGAUAUUCCAGAGCAAAAGCGCGAACGGCCAAGCUUAAAGCAGCAAACCUUUAUGCAAAACUUCCUCAAGAAGCCUGCACCCAGCGCUGGAAGCUAGGUGGCUAAAUGGGGAUGAGAUACCCUUACUUGCAUACAAUUUUAGAAAUGACAUAAAAUCGACUAUAAGUUAUAAUUUAUGAUACAGACUUCUUCUCUCUAAAACCAGUGUACUCGAGCAUCACAAGAUAGCCAUGAGCGCUUUAUAAUCAUUGCAACAAAGGAGAAACACACGCUCCAGCCCUGGGAUGCUGCAGGUCUUUUUCCGAGCCAUCUACAGACACAACCUCUCUGCGUAAUCUAAUCGGUAAACUUGCGGUUGGCGUUCUUGCCAAAGAGCUCCUCACGCACGGCCGGUGCGGCAGAGUACUCAAGCAAGGUAAGGCGGGCUUCAAAGGUGUUAUCAAUCUCGAUCUUGCCAGCACCGCCAACAAUGACGACACCACCAGCACUAGAGAUUUGCGUUAGCAUCGCACAGACAGGCAACCGUACUGUAGCACAGGGUAAACUUACAUUCCGUCCGGCAGGGCGUUGUCGGCAUCUGCCGUGAUGUUAAUCUCCGAGGAAGUCUCCUUCUUGUAUGUCUUGGCAGCCUCGUCGAUGGCCUUCUUAACAGCAUCGGCAUCCUUUUUUCGUGAGCGAAUCGAGAUAUCGCUCUCGCUCAAGGCAUAGGCGCCCUCGAGGAUCAAGCCCGUCAGGACUUUCUGGUAUUUGGCCUUGUCCUUGACACCUUCGGCGAGCUGCUUGCGGGCAUCCUCAAAGAUGUUGUCGAGAAGCUCUUGUCUGGCACCGAGGACCUUGAGUCUCGUCUUGUUGGCGACGGUCGAUCGGGCAAUCUGCUGAGACAUGGUUGCUUGCUUAAACUUCUUUUCGUACUGGGCGUCGAUGGCGUCUGUUUCUUGACGGACAAGCUUGGACUUUUCAAUCUCAAACUCCUCGUUGGCCUUAAUUUCGAUCUCACGGGCCUUCUCCAUGGCCUCUUGCUUAAUGAACGCAGUCAUCUUGCGCAACUCAUUGUCGACCUGUAGAGCCAGACGCCGGCGGGCGUCGUCGUUGGUUAGCUUGCGUUUGCGGGAAAGGAACUGCUGUCGUCAUAGGCUACGAACCUGCUGGUCGGACAAUGCGUGCUGCGACAUCUUGAAGGUAGGGAGGGGGAUUUGAUGCUCGAGGGAUCUAUAGAAGCGUCGAUAACAGAGGUCAGGUCGGGGGCGAGAGGCGAUGGAUGAGCAAGGGCGGGAUUGUUCAAAAGGUGGAGUGGUGAGUGACCAAG